AUGUCAAGAGCCACAUACAUUGUCGGUGCCCUUGCGGGAUAUGCGGUUAUAGCAUACGUGUGUGACAAAGCAUGGUGGGCUACGACUGAAGAGAGAUUCCAAGCGUGGCCAAGAACCGCCGGUCCUCCAGUCGCGAUGAACCCAAUCAGUCGCCAGAACUUCAUCGUCAAAACACGCCCCGAAUAA